CCUCACUCGCUGCACAGGUGCGGCCAGAGCGGAGGACGAGGCGCGCUGGCGGCUCCACACGGGUAUUCGUGACGAAUCAUCAUGUCUUCAUCAGAAGAGAACGCUGUGGUCACGCCGGCCUGGGUGGACGAGAAAUUCGUAAAGGAAGCGCUCAGUGAAGCGGAGGGCAAGCAAGUAGCAGAGGUGUCGAGUUUGAGGGUGGAGCCGGCGGUGAAGGCGGGGGCCAACUUCAUGAGCUCGCUGCUGCGGCUGUCGUGCGAGGUGCGGUUGGCCAGCGGCGGCGCGGCGGAGGCGCGCAGUCUGGUGCUCAAGGUGGGGCUGCGUGCGGGGCCCAUGGCCGACCUGGCCGAGGAGGGCCAGGUGUUCGAGCGCGAGGCGCGCGUCUACCGGGAGCUGCUGCCGCGGGCCGAGGAGGACUUGCGCGCCAGCGGCUUCCGCACGCCGCCACCCGGCGCGGGGCUGGACCGCGCGCACUGCUCGCUGGGCCUGCGCGCUCUGGCGCGCCUCCACGCCGCCUCCGCGCGCCUGCUGGAGGACUCGCCCCCGCUGCGGACGGACCCGCUGUUCUCGCGGUCGCCGCUGACGAGCCGCGACGCGUGCGACCAGUUGGCCAGCAUUGUGCCGCGUCACGCGCUCGCCCUCUCCGCCGCCCUGGCAGCCAGCGGACGGGGCGCUCUGGCCGACAGGUACGAGGCGGCGGCAGAGCGCAUCGUGGGCCGCCUCAGGCAGCUGGAUGGCGGCAGCCCGCCGGCGCUGCAGGUGUUGCUGCACGGCGACGUCUGGAAGAACAACUUCCUCUUCCGCUACUCGGGCCAGCAGCCCACCGACGUCCGGCUACUCGACUUCCAGAUGGUGAACACUGGAGCUCCAGCGAUAGACGUGGUGCACUUCCUGUACGCAAACGCCAGCGAAGAAACCCACCGACAGCACCUGGAGCAGCUGUUGUCUGAGUACCACGGCACACUGCAGGCCACGCUGAAGGCGCUGGGGCUGCACCAGCAAGCUGACGCCUACCCACUGCAGGAGCUCCGGAGGGACAUAGACCGCUGCGCUCCCAUCGCCCUUCACUGCGCGAUCCUCAUGGGCGUCAUACUCGGGGUGGAGGCCCACGGAGCCGACAUACAACAGAGCUACAGCAGCGAAGACAAGCAAGCUGAAAUACUCACCAAGGUGUACAGCAACCCUACAUACCUCAGUUGCAUCGAAUACUUGUCUCCUCACUUUCAGAAGCAGGGCGUGCUCUAGAUGACCGGAAACUCGGGUACAAAAUGUUUCCUCGACUGAGGUACAAGUAAUAAUGAUGAAAAAUGCUUUGACCCUCGCGCCCAAUUGCCCAAAGACAAAUAAUAUUUCAGUAUUUUUGACUAUCCUAAUGAGUGAUCAAAUUUAAAUUGUAAUAUCUAUCUUGUCUACAUCUAGCUCUACCUCGUAAGAUGCAGUAUUGCACCACAAAGCGUCUUAAUUCUUGGAGGGCACCAUACCUUAAGAAAACUGGAAUUAUUGGGCAUACAGUACAACGUGUUGAAAUGUUCUGUGAGAAGAAAUGGGUAGUGACUGCUCCAUUAGAUCACCUAACAAAGUUUAAAAAUUUCUUGUAAAUGAAAAAGCUAGCAUUCAGUCUUGUGUACACUGCAGGUGAGACGUGUGUAUAGAGUGUUUAGUUAAAUUAAAAUGUACAAUGGAAUUCAUUAAGCAAUGGCAGUGAAAUAUGUUAAAUUUCAUCAGUUACAAGAAUGACUGUAGCUACGUAAAUCAAGUACCAAUUUUUAUUGCCAUUAAUGUUUAAGACCACUUGAGCCCAGACAAAGUAAAUUUUAUGUUUUCAUUAAUUAUAAGAUUUACUAGCGUACCAGAUAUGUGACUACUCGACAUUCAUACACUUUUCUAGAAAAUUUAUAUUGUUUUUUGAAAAUAAACUGAUUUUUGAUUAAUUUUCCAGUAAUACUGAAUCUUUUCAGAUUACAUUUGCAUGGUUACAUUUAAUCUCUCCCACUGUAGACCUACUUUCUGUUUUCGGAACAUGGCUGUCCGAUCUAUUUUUGUUGACGUGCACAAUGGACUAUGUCGGACGGCAACGGCUGACUCCAGCAAGGGUGUGUAUCAUAACACUGUCGUGACUGAGGUGGCAUCAAGUGUCUCACGUCAUAACAAAAAUUCUGAACAUGGUCUUUACGUCACAAGAGCCCACAAGAGAGCAUCUACCCAAUAUUUAAUUAUGAAGUCUAGAAAUUUGUAUCACUAAUUUUAUUUUGCAACAGCUUUUUAGUAGAUCCAAUUUAUACUAUAUUAUCUAUUGUAUUAAUUAUUUGUAUUUUGCAACCAUUUUGUUCAGUCAUAUAUAAUUUAUAUGUAAUUAAUGGAAUCUUUUAUAAGAUAUCUGUAUUUCCCUUUGUUAGGUUUUCUAGUCAAAUCUAUUGUAAAAUCAGAUCAUUGCAACAUUUAGUACACUUUUUUUUUUAAAAUCAUCAAUUUUUUGAUCACCACUAGCAAAACUUAUGGUAGAUACAAUUCAAAUGUGCAUCAUCUUGUAUAUAAAUAUUUUUAAAAUUUACAUAUUUUUAAUAUGUCUGAGCUAAAUAAAAGCAACCUAUUCUUCUAUGACUUCUUCUAGUACAAUAUUCUAUAACUACAUAUUGAUUUACAAGAAUGAAAUCUUCAAAUACUACAAAUGAAGUAUCUUGGCAUUGAUCUAGUAGUAUAAUUCCUUCGUUAUUUCCAAAAAAUGAAGCAAU